GCGCGGAGCCCGUGGCCGCGCCCGCUCCCACAGGGGGCUCGUCGCUGGGCGGCCGGGCUAUGGGGGAAGCUGAGGUGGGCGGCGGGGGCGCGGCGGGCGACAAGGGGCCGGGGGAGGCGACCACCAGCCCGGCCGAGGAGACGGUGGUGUGGAGCCCCGAGGUGGAGGUGUGCCUCUUCCACGCCAUGCUGGGCCACAAGCCCGUCGGUGUGAACCGCCACUUCCACAUGAUCUGCAUCAGGGACAAGUUCAGCCAGAACAUCGGCCGGCAGGUGCCGUCCAAGGUCAUCUGGGACCACCUGAGCACCAUGUACGACAUGCAGGCGCUGCAUGAAUCUGAGAUUCUUCCAUUCCCAAACCUAGAGAGGAACUUCGUCCUUCCAGAAGAAAUCAUUCAGGAAGUCCGGGAAGGAAAAGUGAUCAUUGAGGAGGAAAUGAAGGAAGAAAUGAAGGAAGAUGUGGACCCCCACAACGGGGCCGAUGAUGUUUUCUCAUCUUCAGGAAGCUUGGGGAAAGCAACCGAAAAGUCCGGCAAAGACAAAGACAAGAACUCCUCAGACUUGGGGGCCAAGGAAGGGGCGGACAAGCGCAAGCGCAGCCGGGUCACCGACAAGGUCCUGACCGCGAACAGCAACCCUUCCAGCCCCAGUGCCGCCAAGCGGCGCCGAACAUAGAUUCUCCAUGGGGAUGGGCGGGCGGGGCCGUGGUCACCAGGCCACUGGGGUCCGAUGCUCUGGCCCCUGCUGCCUGCCCUGGGGCCUGGGGGUUCCACGGCACCCACUCACCAUCUGGGGCUCAGACGGACCCCAAAGACCAGGACUGCCCUGCCCUCAAGAGCUUUGUGACCCAGGCUCGUCUGUGCAUCACCCACCCUACAGCCAAUGCGGGCUGAGGGUCCCGGCCGCGGGCGGCAGAGAAGGCUUGGAACAGCAAGCAAUAAAACACCACCUCCCCCACCAGUCUUCCUGGGGUGAGGCUCUCUGUGCACUGCUCUUGUUCAACUGACUGUGACCUCAGGAGAAAGCGAGGCCAUCGAGCUGCACACGAGGCCUCUCCGUCACCGCCGAGGAAGCUGGGGACUGGACGUUUUGCCUCAUUCACUGUACUGUAACGAUGUAUAUAAUUUGGUUGCUAUUUAAUUUUUAAGAAACCUAUUUUACUAGUGUUUUAUAUGAAAAACAUACUGCAGAAGUGAAAAACCUGUGUUGUAUUUUUUCUGAGAUGUUUUGAGGUAAUGACCCCUGAGAUGCUUUUUGCUCAGUUUUUAUAUGCCAGAUAUAAAGAAUUUGUAGUGGUUAUUUUUGUAUUACCGAGUAACUUGCAAACCGACCGAUGAAUGAGUGGAGGGGAAGGCACGCUGCAGAGCUGACGGGACUACACUCCGUUUGCCGAACAUUAAAGCACAGGAAAGUAA